AUGCGAGUCACUAUGAUGUUACUUUUGAUACUCAUAUUUUGUAUUAAUAUUUCUACUACAAUUCAGUCGAACUCAACAUCUGGCUACUCUGACGUUAUAAAAAUUCCAAGCUCUCAGACGAGCAGUCUCGACAGACAAUGUAAUUGUGUACCAGCUCGAUAUAUUUACCGACGGUAUCAAGAUCCCAUAAAAUUUGAAUUAAGCCAACAGGCAGAUACCUUCAUCAAAAUUCCUGGGCUGAUGGUGGCUGCUCAUCACACAAAGCCGAUGGUUUACCAGAUUAGAUAUCAAGGAACUUGCUGGAUCGCAAGGAAUCUUGCCCAAAGCAUUCUAACAAUAUUAAUCGAUAAUCAAGUUUUGAUCGCAAAUCAACUCCUCCCAAACAGCAAUCGACGAUAUGCACUAGCAUCACAAAUCGGAGGAAAGUCGGCCGACCUCAGGGGAGGAAGCUAUUGGUACUCUGGUACAGCGGCUGGUGCCAGUUUUUCCUGGUACAAAACGGAAUUAGUACUAAUGCCGGCGGGAACACAUGUGAUUGAAGUUGGAGUUCGUGCCGAAAAUACUAUUUUGCAUCUAUGGGGUGGAGAACUCACUAUUGAUAUGACAGAGUACGAUAGUGCACAGUACAGCACUUUAACAUAUCCGACUGUUUGGAACUGA